AUGGUGGUUACCACACCUGCCCUUACCGACCAGUGGCUUACACGAUACGUCCCGAAGGAUGGGGAUAUCUUUAGCCUGGCCAAGAUCUGCAACACCCGGAAACAAACCUGGCAACGGCGAAUUAGCCCUCAAAAGGCCCGGCUUCGACGUUCAGAUCUUGAGUAUGAGGAUGGACGAGUCACAAACAUCAAAAGAAAGACGGAAACUGCAGAAUCGGAAUGCACAAAGACGCUGUCAAAGAAGGGCAGCAAUGGAACCAUCUUUACACAACUUCACAUGGAUGAACACGUCGACAACACAACCGGCAUCUCCAUAAUACCAGCGUCUGGCUUGGGUCUCACAGAUGCAAAGCACAACCCAUCGCAGCCAGACACGCACAUCUUUCCCCACGGCGUUGAAUUUGGCCCCAUGUCCUUUGGCGAUGCGGCUGAGGACUCCAUCUUCGACAUCACCGACGGCUUCCUCAUGAAGUCCUGGCCGACGCCCCCCUCUAUCCUUUCUCCUCUGGAAGAAGAGCUCCUCUCAGAUGAAGGGAAAGACGAAUACUACUCCCCCAACCCUUCAGUCGACCGCACCGCCCGCCGCGUCUCGACCUCCAUAACGUUCCCAAGUAACCCUCUUCAUAUCCCCAGUGCUACCGAAAAUCUGGGACUGCCAAUCAGUGUACUACCCAGCAGUGCAUCGUCCCACAGCGGCAGGUCGAUCAAUACAGACAACCUCUUCAACAGAGAGACAAGCUCCGAUGCUGCACCACUGGACGUUGUGUCUACACGUGCGCUCACCAACAAUAAUGCUACUGCCCAUAAUGGCAGCUACACACAUUCGGUACACAGUACUACGAAUGCACCACAAUCACCAACAGGCUUGGACCUGAUGAGCACCAACGGCAGAGGCCACAAAGGCGCCACGUGCUGCGUGACGCACAAGGCGGAGAUGAUGAUAUCGGAGGUGCAGACUCUAUAUAAGUUCGGGGCGCGCUUCGGCUUCGUGACGGAGGACAGCGACAUUCAGGACUGCCUGAGCUUUCUCAGGACAAGGUUACGCGAGAUAUCGCAGUGCCCUAGCAGACCUGUGCUAUGCUCGAGUUCAAGUGACGACGAUGGAGGGGACGUCGACAUGGGCUUGAAGGCGGGUGCUGAGGCGAAGCUGUCCAGCAUUGUACACUAG